AAAAUCCGACGCAAUUAUUGCGCCGGAGCGCUGUACAUUCUUGCACCUGAGUUUCUCCAGUGGAUAUUACGGUAUAAUGGUAACCGCUGACAACUACUCUUUCGCGACUCCCCAGUCUGUAACGGCUGGUGACAGCAGCCUUUUCUGGCUGUAGCUCGUCCACGUUAUGCCCCGUAGAAAGAAAAACGGACAGAGCCCAGCCAGGCAACCUAAUGGGCCACCCGAGGAAGGACGACCCGUGGGAUAUGGCUUUUUUCAAAACAGCGCCGAAAAGGAGAAAAUCCUUAAAAGAAUGCAGGAGAUGUUUUCACAUCUGGACCCAGAGGUUAUACACAUCGUGCUCUCAGAGUGCGACUUUAAAGUUGAAAAUGCGAUGGACUCUCUGUUGGAGCUGUCUGAUGCGGCGGAAGUCGUCACCCCGUUCCCUCCUCCUGUUUCUGGCUUCGAGCGGACUGCAGCGGCCUUGCUCGGCCCAGAUCGCUUUUCUGAGCCCAAUCCAGAUGGACACCCCCACAGGACGGCACAUCGACCCUCCUCUCCUCCCUCUGACACCUUGCUGACGGACGAUCUGGACCUGCUCAUUGAUCAGGAGUUGGAGACGCUUACCAAGCGGCAGGAUGUUAGCGAUGCACCGCCUAGCUGCAUGUCUUCAUCUUUACCUAUGUUCCCCCAGCAGGCUCUCCCAGAGCUACUCCAGAGCAGCAUGGAGGCUGCAUCCGAGGAGCGUUUUACCUUCCAACCGCCCCUGUCAGAUGGUUUGGUGGAAAAUCUGUCCGGACCUUCCUCUCCUCUCAACCAGCUCAGCACAUGGGGGGAUGAAGUCAAAGAGGCACAGAAAGAUGUUCUGGACUUUACACACCUGACAAAAGGAGGUUCUGCAGGCAGCCCUAAACCCUCUUUGGACUUAGCAGCUGCAGGCCGUCCCUCUGCUUUCCAGGUGUAUAAAAAGCAGGAGACCACAGAAUGGACUUCAGCCACACUCUCUGAUUCGUUAGUCAGUGGAGCAAGACCUAAAGUGAGUUCAUUAAAUGGCAACCCACACAGCUAUGUGCCGCCACCCUGGAACGUGGCUGCACCGACGUUUUGUCCCCAUGACCCCGGAAACCAGAGGCCAGCCUUCAUCACGCCGGUGGUGGCUCAGGGACCCUCCUGUUGGCUCAACCCUCCCAGACAUGCCUCCUUCUGGCUGAAUCAGCACCCCCUCAGUAAAGCGUCCCUCCAACCAGGUGCUACUGUCCUAAAGUCAUUGGUCCCGCAGGCCGCCCUGCAGGCCCCUGCUCCUCACAGCAGGUUGCAGUUUCAAGGAAAAGUGCUUGUCUUGCUUCGUGGUGCUCCAGGUUCUGGCAAGUCAACCCUGGCAAGAGCCCUGUGGGAUCAUAACCCUGAUGGAGUUGUGCUGACCACUGAUGACUACUUCAUUCGUGGUGGACGGUACCAGUUUAACCCCGCAGCUCUGGGGGAAGCCCAUGAGUGGAACCAUAAACGAGCCAGAGAGGCUUUUGAGAGAGGAAUGAGCCCCAUCAUCAUCGAUAACACCAACAUGCAGGGAUGGGAGAUGAAACCCUAUGUGGCUCAGGCAUUGAAACAUGGAUAUAAGGUGCUGUUCAAAGAGCCGGAUACUUGGUGGAAGACCAAGCCCAGAGAACUGGUGAGGCGUACCACCCAUGAGGUGCCCAUUGAAACCAUCCGUCGCAUGCUGAAUGAAUACGAGCCCUUUGUCACAGUCCAGUCCAUCAUGGGCUCACACAUGCCCGACUUUAAACAGGCUCUUUUAAAGGAGGACUGCCACUCACUGCCAGUCUCUGGGGACACACCUUGUCCUGACCUUGUGGAUCAGCCUAGAUUGACUGAAGGAUCUAGAAGUCUCCACCCUCAGCUAUAUUCCUCUCUUCCUGACGUGUCAUCCAUCAGAGAGGUUGGAUUGCACGAGGACGUCUCCUCGGAGUCCAAUGUGUCACUCAAUCUGCAGCUGUCUGGGAAACAAAGCAGCGGGCCUGACAACUUUGAUGCAGAUGAUUAUAUUUACUCUGGUGAAUUGGAUUCUGAGCUGAACGUGCUGUUAGAGCAGAACACCCCUAAAGUGGAUGGGAGAAUCCCAGAUUGUAUUGUUGAAUCUGUGAUGAAUGAGGACCACAGUGUGGAUGAUACUCCUGUGGCCUUCUGUGAAUCUAUUGCACAAAGAGUGAGAAGGGAAAGAUCAAGCAGGAGGUCUGAGUUUGACCAGACAGCACCAGCAGACCUGGUUAAAGAUGCUCACCCGUCAGACAAUGAAACCAUAAAGGAUGAGCGACCAGAUGAGAAAUCAGAGAGGCAUGUGGAAGACGGAGAAAACUCUAAUAUGCUUAACUUUAUUGGCGACUGGCCCUCUGAAGGGUCUCUUCAGCAGCGGCCGGUGAGGAGAGGAGAAAGGCAAAGAGGGAUGCAAGUAAAGGAAAUUGAAGAUGAAAAAACACUGACUGUAUCGUCCAGUCCUGAUCUAACAGAGUUUCAGAAGCUUCUUGAUCUUAUCCAGGCGGGUGCGGUCACUGAUCAGAUGAGGUCAUCAUCACCGCAGUCUAUCUGGUCGGGGGAAGAUUUUGAGAACAAGGGUGAAGCAGGUGUUGUGGUGAAAGAAGUUCACCAAAGCAGCAGCGGAGAGAGGCAGCAAAACGAGAGCAAGGCUGAUUUACCUGACUGCAUUCAGGACGGGAAGCUGAAGCAAUCAACAGCCAGCCCGGAUGAAGGAGUGGAUAGUGAAAACAGAGCGAGUACUAACACUGAAAGGGACACUAGCGGCUCCAAAACGGCCAAAGAACAGACAACAUUACCAGCUGAAUGCAGCAAUGAAGUUGGAAGCCGAGAUCCAGAUGUGAAGGAAAGUCUCAGAGCUGUAGCGCCAGAGUCUGAUAAGACCCCUGAUUGCUCAAUGUCUGAGUUAUUUGCAGAAGUGGAAAGUUGUGGGAGCAGUCAGGAAAAAAAGCAACAAGGUCGGAGAUCGGGUAAGCUGUGUAAGCUGGCCCUCACCUUCUCUCACAAUUCUUCCAUGAACGAUUCCGACAAUCCAAAGGCAAUAGAGGAAAAUGCAGACAACAAAGACGGCCCGAAGUCUGAUGUUGAAACCAAAAGUUCUGAUAUUCUCUCCCAGCCUCAUCCUGAGCUGCCAGCCCCUCUCGCUUUAGCAGAAACAGGUCUCUCCACUCAGACAGAACCUCAAGACUUUGCACUUCUCUGGCGUCUCAACCGUCCCUGCAGCUCUGAUGGUGCAUCAGUCUCCACCAGCAGACCCUCCACCAAUAUCCGGGUCUUGGAAGGAAACUCUUCUCGUUUUGUGCCAAAGUCAUCUUCUACGGCAGCUGAUGUUCACUCAUCCAGCCACAUUGACAUACCCUACCGGGUGGUUCAUGAGAAGAGCACCGAUAUGGAGGGGGAAGAGCUCGGAGUUAGUCAGGACCGGCUGGAAAGCCUGCGCAUCCUCAGCCGGCAUUUUAAACUGGUUAGCUUUGAUACAUUAGAGGAUCUGUAUGACAAAUGUGGUAAGGACCUGGAAUGGACCACCAACCUAUUGCUGGACUCUGGAGAGAGAUUUUUCAGGGAUGAAGAUUAUUUGGAGCUUAUCCAAUCAUCCAAUCCAAAUGAAGCUUCGUGUGAGGCUUCUGAUGCUGAACAAGUUAAUGUGGAGGAGCAAAAAGGAGCUGAGCUUGAAGAAGAAACUCAUGAGUCAACUGGUGUGGAAGUUAACGAGUCAAAUGAAUGCAAGGCCGUCCCAUUUGGAGGGGAAUCGACUCCAGUUACAGCCGAGGAGCCAUCAGAUCCAGCCUCAGACUUGGCGCAGUCUCCUCAGGCAGAACCAUGCCUCCCUGAGGCUGCAGAGAGCUUAGAGCACAGCUCCAACAAUGACCACUUGCUUGCAAAAGAAAGAGCUUUGGGCACAGAUAAGGUGGAAGGUAUUUUAGAAGUUGAGAAUGAAACUAUCGAUGAUAUGGCAAGCAUGGACGAGAUCAAUCGGCUUCUGCAGGCUGAGAUGGAAGAGAUGGAGAGAGAACAGAGUCAGAGGAAACCUGAGCGACGAUGCAAACACCUGGACAUUCAAACCGUGGAGCUAAAACUGACCACAGAACUGGCACUGCAGUUAACAGAACUGUUUGGUCCAGUUGGAGUAGACCCAGGCACCUGUUCAGCAGAUGAGUUUGCUGUGGAGAUGGAUCUGAAUCUGGCUAAACUCCUCCACCAAAAGUGGAAAGAAACAACCGAGGAAAGGCAAAGACAAGCAGCUCUGUCUUUCCACAUGCUCGAUGAAAGUUGGAGGGGGCUUUCCAAACAUGGUCUACGAGAGCCAGGUGGAAAAUAUGGUGACGGCGCUCAGCUCCCCUUUAUGGAUCACUGGAAUGUGUCCCGUCCCCCUGUCUCUCUUAGAGAUAUAAUAAAAGAAGAACAAGCUCUGCAGCAUAGCAUGCAAAAGACCAGACAGAGUCGCCUUGAGCUGCAUCACCGGGAUGGAGCUACGUUGUUAAAGGAGAAGCAGCUUUAUGAACUUUUUCCCACCAUUGACAAACAUUUCCUGCAGGACAUCUUCAGAGAUCACAAGUACAACCUGACUCAGACAGAGUUGUUUCUACGCUCCCUUCUCAACGAGGAGGAACCUGUGAAGAUGGUUGUUGCAUCAGGAGCUCCUCGGUCGGACCAGCACAGAGCUGCUAGCAAGGAAAGGGAAAAGAAACAGAAGCCACUGGAGUCUGCUGCACCUACCUAUCAGGAUACAGAGGACCCCGAGUAUGAAGACUUCCGGGCUGAGGCUAAUCUCCAGAGAAGACGACAGAUUGAGAGCUUUGCCAAGGCUGCAGAAGCUUAUAAGCAGGGUCGCAGAGAAGUGGCCUCGUUUUAUGCACAGCAGGGACACUUGCAUGGCCAACGGAUGCGUGAAGCCAACCACAGAGCAGCUGUGCAUAUAUUUGAAAGAGUUAACCAAUCGCUGCUGCCCAGAAACAUCAUGGACCUCCACGGGCUGCAUGUGAAUGAGGCGUUAGAGCAUCUGGCUCAGGUCCUGGAGGAAAAAACUGCAGACUGCGAGCGGGGUCUGUGUCGACCUCAGCUCUCUGUCAUCACAGGAAGAGGAAACCACAGCCAGGGGGGAGUGGCCCGCAUCCGCCCCGCCGUCAUAGACUACCUCACCAACAAGCACUACAGGUUCAGUGAGCCGAAGCCGGGCCUCGUGUUGGUCUCUUUGAAGCGAUGAGACCCCGUCUCUGCUGCCGUGAACUUUCUUCAUCUCUCACACUCGUUUUUAAGAACAAUCUGUACGGUGCCAAAAAAAACCCCAACUGUCAGUAUUGGUAUUUUUCCCCCAACAAUUAACCCUCUCCAUCAGUCCUUGAGCUGCUCAUUUUAAAGGUCGUGUAACCUGAAAACUUUUUUAUCUUUCACCCAUUAUGGAAUGGGACUGCGUUACUGGUAUUAAACACAAAUAUUUCUUUUUUUUGCCUGUAAGGUGUUGUAAGCGUAUACAUUUUAUAGUUGAAAUUCUUUAAAGGUUUGGUUUUACCUCAUAUCUGUUUUAAAUGAUUAGAUUAUGAAGUUGGCAGACUUGAGCCUUACUAUUACCGGUUUCUACCUUCAUCUUAAUAAAUUCUGAUAGUUUGCGCAGAAAGGAGACUUCCUCUGCAGGAUGUAGACAGGUUCUCUUAAAAAUAAGUUAAUACCUUAAACCUAAUGUUCUUUUACACAAAGAUAUAUAUUUUUAACACAGUCAAUGACUUUAAGAAAAGAUAUAGCUUUUCUCUUUAUUUUAGAUUUACACUCACCUCAGCCUGUGUGUUAAAACUUCACAUAUGAUCAAAGGGCAGAAAAAGGUGAGCCGCUAUCGUUGAGCAGAUGGAGCAAUCUCUGCUGUGGCUUCUGAGGCAGCUGCCCCGCUUUAGGCUCAGCACCUGGCCGCAGUAACACAACGUUUUCUAACACGUAUGUAUGUGAAAAAGGUUAGCUGCUAAUCCUCUGAUCCUCAAACUCAGGUGUCUCUGUGUGAAGUUGCCUUCAAUCUCAUUCCUUAUAGCUUUUAAAACACUCUAUUUUAGCAGCCGACCUCUAAAGUAUGCUGCACCAGUUUUAUAGUUAAAUUGUUGCUUUAUUUUUCUAAAAAGAGUGAGUUUUGAUGUAUUACUGUGUGCACACUUAUUCUAAAGAAUGUAUUUUUAGUAAUUUUGUCUACAGUUUUACAGAGUAUGUUAUUUGUGAAAUAAAUCUAUUUCUUUACA